AUCCCCAAUUUCAAAUAGACAUGAAAGGCAAUGGAGUGAGGAAACGACUGGAGCAAUGCUUGAGGAGGAAAGGAGUGGUUGGAUCUGGAGGCUCAAUCUCUGCUCUGAACACCAUGGAAGUCGCAAACCCUAAGAAACGCAAGCGGGACAACUCCAUCGCACUCAACGGUGACAACGACCUUUCUCUCUUGGAAGCCAUUAAGAAAUCUCAGAGCACCAUCGAUGUGCUGGACAUCUGCACCCUCAAAAAACUAGUCUUCUCCUUCAAGCGUCGAUUCAGAAAGAACAUCAAGGCUUGCGUCAAGUACCAAAACCAGUUGGAGCACUUUGCGGACUCCGAGGUAGACCUCCAUGACGACCUCCGAAAGCUCAAGAUCCUCGCUAAAGCCCUCGAGCUAUACCCCCGACCUUGUCAAUCUGAACACCAUCCCUUCUAUACUCAAUCUUUUGUUGCUUGGGUUCACGAUGAACCCCAUGCUUGGAAUCGCGACGAACCUAGCGAACCUAUGCACUUGGGUCUCGAGCCUUGUGCAUUUGUGGGCCCCGCUCACGAGUGCACGGCGUCUGUUUCGCUCUUGGUUUGGGGCGCGACAGAGGUGGAGGAAAAUCUGAGGUCGAAAAUUAGAAGGAAUUGAGGAAGAAAUUUGAGGGAAAUUUGAGAGAAAAAUCGAGGGAGAAGGGAAGAGAAUUGGCGAGCCUGGAAGGAACAUUGGAGAGAUUGAGAGAAAGUGCAGCAGCUUGUAACCAGAACUUCAAGGAAAUAAAGCUUGAUUUUUCAU